AUGUCUUCUUUUUAUGAAUCAUGGUCUAAAGAUCAAUUGAUAGCUCGUAUCCAACAACUAGAAGUUGCAAACAACUUGGCAGGGCCACCUCAGUCAGUGUCUAUUCCUGCCAUUCAAACUCCAAACUCCAAAGAUACCAAUGAAGUCAUUGAGGCUACAGUCACAAAGAAAAAAAAAUCUUUUGACUACUCUAAAUUUUCAACACGCAGAAUUGCCAUUCGUUUUGCCUAUCUUGGUUGGAAUUACAAUGGUCUGGCAGUCCAAAUCAAUACUGAUGUGCCCACUGUUGAGGGCCACAUUCUGGCAGCUUUACACAAAACUAAACUUAUUCCUUCUAUAGACCCAAAUGAUUGUGAAUUUUCGCGCUGUGGCCGAACAGACAAAGGCGUGUCAGCUCUUCGACAAGUCAUUUCAUUAAGAGUCCGGUCUCUAUUAACACCUGAGCAACAAACGGAUUCUGCCAAUGAUAAUAAGGAAAUAGAUUAUCUGCAUAUUCUCAACCAACUUUUACCAGAUGAUAUUCGACUAUACGAGAUUUGCCUGCAACCACCAGAGGGGUUUGAUGCAAGAUUUUCCUGUCUUUAUCGACAUUACAAGUACUUUUUCCACAAUAACAAUAAACUUAAUUUAUCAAAAAUGCUUGCUGCUGCAAAAAGCUUUGAGGGGGUACACGAUUUUAGAAAUUUUUGCAAAGUAGAUGGAUCAAAGCAAAUUUCAAACUUUAAGCGCGAAAUCUUAUCAGCUUCUAUCGUUAAGGUUAGCCAGUGUGACGACGACAAUUCUCUCUAUUGUUUCGAUCUGAAGGGCACCGCGUUUCUUUGGCAUCAAGUCCGCUCUAUGGUCGCCAUCCUAUUUCUUGUGGGCCAAGAGCUAGAGGCUCCCGAAGUGAUUCAAACUCUCUUGGAUGUGGAAAACACCCCCCGGCGUCCAGCUUACGAAAUGGCCGCGGACAUUCCAUUAGUUCUUUACGAUUGCGGGUUCCCGGAAAUGCCAUGGAAAUCUUUCAAAAAUGAAGAUUCAUUACAGCGGCUCCAAGAUAGGUUAUAUUUUAUGUGGCACUCCACAUGGAUGAAACUCACAAUGGCUUCUGUAAUGCGUGAAAUGAUCCAAAACUCGGCCCACCCCUCUUAUGGAGCGCCAAGUAAUCAUGAAUCACACAGAAUCGUUGUUAAUUUGGGAGAUGGUAAGGGUAAGAACUUAACCAAGUAUGUCCUACUUUCAAAGCGCGAAACCCUUGAGCCUCCUGAGGUGGUUAAUGAACGAUGGUUGCGCAGAAAAGCUGACAAGAACAAGACAGAGUGA